AUGACUGCCUUUGAUGACUUUGUUGCCAUCAAGAAUGAGAUGGAAGUGUUCACAGAACUUUUAGACUCUAAAAUAUCGGCUAAGAGGUCAGAUAUAAUACAGUCGAAGCAGCAAUGCGAAAUAAAUCUCAAUAAUUUACUAAACCAACAAUCGAACUUGAAGAACGAGAUCAAGAAUUUGAAUUUGAAAGUGGCGAAGAUCAAGGACUCAAUCAAGAAAUCGUUGGAAAACUUACAAUUUCAACAACUCAAAGUUGACGACUUGAAGAGCAAACAAACUGAUCUCUUAGAGAAACGAGAUUUACUACAGGAAGAACAAGAUUCGCUUUCUGCGCAAAUUAAAGAGUUAACAGAAAAGCUAAACAAAACACAAGAAGACUUAAACUUACAGCAACUGAUAGAUUAUCCUGAGUUGAUCAAGUAUGAACUGUAUUUGGGCUUGAGAAUUGAUGUAGUGACUGUAGAUUUAUUGAGGUUUAUAUUCAAUAAUGUUGUCUCAGACGAUCUAGAUAAGGAAGUGUGGUGUGAACUUUCUGUUGGCGGUGAAAACUACAAAUUAGGAGAGACAUUCCCAAAGUUACCCCUGGAAACUAUGCAAUUGAUCGAGAAUGAUUUCAAUGGGCAUAAAGAGUUUGUAAAGUUUUUGAAAACCAUAAGGAUGACAUUAAAGGAAGAAUUAGAAUCGUAA